UAGUCUUUGAACUCUAACCAUCCAUGCACUCUUCCUUUCCACAGAACAGGUCCCUGUUUCAGGCUAACUUCAUCCUGCUGGAUGGAAUUCCAGCCAAUGUGAUCCAAAGAGGGAAGCAGUACCAGGCUGCAGCCCUCGUCAUGGUGAAGAUGGAGCCUUCUGGGAAGCUGCUACCCAUGGUCAUCCAGAGAGGUGAUGAGGACCCAGACGCCGACCGAAGACCACAUGGAGGCACAGACAAGAGGGUGGCCACUUACAAGCCAAGGAGCCAGGCCUUAGAAGAAACCAAUUCUGCUGAUACCUUCGUCUUGGACUUCUGGGAUCCGGAACUGUGAGAAAGAAUAUUUCUGUUAUUUGAGACCUCCAUCUGUGGUAUAUUGUUACGGUAGCCCUAGCAAACUUGUAUAGAUUUUUGAUACCAGGAAGUGGAAUGCUGCUCUAAAAAAUAUGCAAAAAUGUGGAAGUGGAUAAUGAGUACAGGCUGGAAGAGUUUGGAGGUACAUGCUGCAAAGGCCUAGAUGGUCUUCUUUAUGUGUUUAAUUUUUUGGUCAAAAAUAUUUUAAUUGUUUUUCAAAGAGUUCUGGGAAAAUAAUUACCUAAGGAAAAGAAAUAGCAUCGCUUAUAGGUGGGUUUGAAUACCAGCCCUAUAGCUUUGCUGAGAAAUGGAGAAAUUCUUCUUGGUGGGAGUCCUGAAUUGCAUUAAAUGGAGGGAUAGGGUUAAGGUGUUUAUUUUGUGUUUUUUGCUUUCAGCUUUUGGUGGUUUUGGUGGUGGUUGUCCCAAGUGAGUCCAAAACCCAACAGGGAAAAGAACAUUUAAUCUUAAAACAUGAGAACCUUCCUUGACUCCAUGGCCCGUGUUCCAGAUAUACUAGGAUGUGGUUGGGCGACCCAGGGCUUCAGGUGUCCCUUCCCCCAUGGCUUUGCUGGGUGCAGCCCAGGCAGCAGCUCUUACAUGUUGGAGUUUGAUGCCUGAGGCUCUCCCAGGGUGGCCUUGCACACUGCUGGCUCUACCAUCCUGGAAUCUUGGGGCUAGCCUCCUCCCCAUGGCUCUGCUGGGCAUUGCCCUAGUGGGGACAUUCUGUGGUGUCCCUCCCCUGUGGCGGUUCUCUGCCUGACUCCAAGGCUUUCUGGGACAUACUUUGAAAUGUAGGUGGAGGUAGCCAUGUCCCACAGCUAUUGCACUCUGCGCACCUGCAGAAUGAGCACCAUGUGGAUGCUGCUGAAGAGUUUUCUGUCUGUACCCUCUGAAGGGGUGACAUCAUGUUCCCCACUCCACUAGGGCCCAUUGAGCAACAGUUGGAGCAGCCAAGGAAAGCACCACAGCACAAUGUGGGAACCAGUGGCUUCAGGGAGUGCUGGGCAGCAAGCCCCAAGGUCCCCAGGGCCCACCUUGGAAACCGUACUCCCGUCAGUGCCCUGGCACCAUGGACCUGUGAUGAGAGUGCAGCCUGAGUGAUCUACAAAAUACCUUCAGGGUCGCUCUUCCAUUGUCCUUGUGAGGAGCCCAGCCCUGAUCCACACAGGCCUCCUGACCCACACCCGCGUGUUCUCUCCCAAACACACUUUCUUAUCUGUUCAAUAUGGACAGACUGAGAAGGCUAAAAAUUUCCCGAAUCUUGUAAGUUCUGCUUCCCUUUUGAUUAUAAGUUCUGUCUCUAAAUCAUUCCUCUUUUCUUUCAUUUUCCUAUAAACCUUCAAAAGAAUCAAGCCGCUCCUUCAAUACUUUGUUUGCUUAGAUAUUUCUUCUGCCAAAUUUCAGUUUCAUCACUCGUAAGUUUUGCCUGCCACUAAACACUAGUGCUUUGCCACUUUAUGGCAAGCAUCACUCACCUUUCCUCCAGUUUCCAUUUACCUCUUCUUUAUUUCCAUCUGAGUCUGAGACUUCAUCAGAAUGACCUUUC